AGAAAUUGUGACCAUUUUGCCGUUACGAAGGCCACAAUAUCUCCCCCAAAUCACAGAAUCACCAUCCACCGCAUACCGCGAUUCAUUUCAACCCUUUACACACACGCCUAAAUCCUCUCUCUUUGGGUUCAACAAUGGAUUGGGAAGGACAAAAGGUAGCAGAGCAACUGAUGCAAAUAAUGCUUGUAGUCUUCGCCAUAGGGGGAUUCAUCACAGGGUAUUUCAUGGGGUCAUUUCAAUUGAUGCUAUUCAUAUACGCUGGGGGCGUUGUUCUAACUACACUCAUCACCAUCCCAAAUUGGCCGUUCUUUAAUCGUCAUCCUCUCCAGUGGUUGGAUCCAAGUGAGAUCGAAAAGCAUCCAAAACCACAAGUUACGAGUUCGAUUUCAAAGAAGCAGCCCAGUAAGAAGAAGUAGCUCUCCUUAGAAUCUUAAUCUGCUCUAUGCUCAUAUCAGAAAAAGGAAAAGGAGAAUUAACAUGUGUUUCUGGUACUUGGAUUUUAUCAGUUUCCAUUGUUUGUGGAUUUUCAGCAUUGGAUUGGAAUUGAAAACACCCUUUUUGCUGGAUUAUGAUCAUUUCAUAACUUGUUUUUGGGUGCUAAAUUUUCUGGCGAUUAGUGUUGGAACG